AUGCCCCUACUGGACUUUUCGCCUCAUGCUUCUGAACAAGAGCAUAAUCUAAUCGAGGAAAAGCGACGUGUUGCUCGUCGAGCAUGUCUUAACUGUCGGAAGAAGAAAAUAAAGUGUGACGGCGAACUUCAUCAAGAUGGGAAGUGUACUAGAUGCAGAAACUUAGACCUUCCGUGUGAAUUUAUUGCCAGUUUAAGAGGAGGUCGUAGGAAGAAAAGAAAUUUGGAGGAUGAUACGAUGUCUACGAUAUCGAGUAAUAACGGUGAUCACCUUUCAAGAAAUGAUUCAGAAAUCAACAAUAGAGCCUCACACAUUCCAUCAUUUAUAAGAAGUAACAAAAUUGGCAGUGAAACUUUGCUUUCUGACCCUUUGUUCAUGAAAUCCAGUACUUUAGAUUCAGAUUUCCGUCUAGGGCAGAUGAAGUCGCCCUCAAACUAUGCCAAUCUUGACAAUUUGGAUAAUUCCAGCACUUACAGUCCCACAAUUGAUUCGUACCGUGAUGAGUUCACUGGAUUUCAGCGACAGCAUCCACAACAAAAGAACCUAGAUCCUCCUUUUGAUGAUGAAAAAGUUAAAGCUAUUGUGGACUCCAGGCUCCAAGAAAGAUUUUUUGAUGGGUCACGAGCAUCAUAUGGAAGGCCUUAUCAUGACCAUGGCCCUUUCAAGCACCAUCAUGACCACUUCGAUGAUCAUCAUCAUCCUCCUCCUCCUCCUUUUUAUGGCCCAGGGCCAAGCCAUCAUGGUCACCCGGGUGAUCGGGACCGUUUUGAACAUUUUGGACAUUUUGGACAUUUCGGGCCUCACAGAGGCGGCCCUGGCCCUGGUCCUGGAUCUAACGGUGCCCCUGGUCAUUGGCAACAUCACAGGUUUCAUGAAGGACCGCCACCGCCACCUCCUGGGUUUUACCCACCAAAUAUGGAACCAUUUCCACAACCUUACAAACGUCACGAAUUCGAUUCACCAAGAGGGUAUUCAAAUGAAUCAGUACUAUCUGGUGGUGGAAAAAAUCGUUCAUCACGUUUUACCAAUAGUUCUGACAUAUUUGGAAAGCCUACUUCAGAAGCUCUAUCAGAAUCUAAGAGCUCAUCAGUAUCAUCUAAAUAUGAUAAAGAUAUGCCAGCGACGUCAAACAACAAUUAUAAGGGGUAUCGCACAUUCUCAAAUAAUGGGACUGUGAUAUCAAAAAGAGAAUCUACGUCCAACAGUUUAUUAUCAUUAACUUUCACUCCCAGAAUUUUAAAACUAUUUGACAUGCCACCCUUAGAAGUAAUUGAAAAGCUCUUUGAUCUUUAUUAUAUCUAUGCUAAUCCAAGAACCAACGCCUUACCAAACUCAAAGGAGCUAUUUCUACUCCAGGAAAUUCACAAAGCUUCGUUUCCUGAGAAGUGUUCCUCUAUUUUUGCAAUAUUUGCUACCAGUUGUAGCCAACUCGAUGAUGAGGAUUAUAAUGAUCCAGAAUACUGGCUCCGUUUGGUUGCCAAAUAUUGGAAAUAUCAAACUAACAGUAUUGAGCUGGUGUUUUUUUGCCUAAGUAUCUUGAUACCAUUUUCCUUUUCCGAUUGCUCUUUACAAGUCUUUAGUUCGGGAAAAGAGUUUGAUUUUCUCAAUGUUUUGAACCAAACAUCAAUAUUGCUUUCUAAAAGGUGUGGAAAGAUUUUUGCGAAUGAUGGUGAAAAUGGAUUUGAAGCUGUGUUAGAUAGUGCGAAAUCAUUGCAGGAAGUAGUGAAAGUCAUUCAAGAUAUUAACUCAAUUUGGAAUAUUUGGAUUACCCAAUCUUUUUUUAAACUUUUGACUAAUUGCAAUGAUGUCAACAGAACUUUCACUCAUUAUAAUAAUGGUUUCGUGGAAGAACUCCCAUUUCCUAUUGAUGUGCCCUUACCUACUCCAACAUCAAUUCUAUUAAAAUUCUACGACAAGGUGUACAACGAACCAGGUGGCUUCCAGAAAUUUUACGAGCUUUCAAUAACUCAAAAGAAGCAAUAUUUAUACAAUGAAUUCGAAUCAAAGUCAAAACUCACAUAUUUCAGAGACCUUGAGAUGAUGUUGGAAAAUAAGGCUAUAAUUCAGUCCAGCGCAGUUUUAAUUUUACUUUUAAAAUUACACUGCGAUAUCGUAGAUACUGAUUCUGAGCAUGUGAAAGAUAGCAUUGCAAAAAUCAAAGCUUUAGAAUCAAUAUACUUCAAGGAAUAUAACUCAAUGCUAAGAAUAAUGAAAAAUGAUGACAUUGACAUGUCUUUGAUUGGGAUCAAUUCUCAUUUUUUGCUCUCCAAACUCGUGAUAUUGAAUUCUAAAUUUACUAUUUUUGAAUUUUCAGAGCAGGAAAUACUUCCUGUUAGACCGAAAGCUAUUUUCAAAUUGAUUAAAAAGGCCAAUUUCAAUCACGCCGCUGAAUCAUCCACAUCAAUGAUAAAUCAAAAGCUUCAUAUUUUGAAAUCACAGAUUCUACCAAAGAUUUCUGGAUAUAGUAUUCUUGAGUCUGUCAAAACUUAUUUUUCAAGCAACGCUACAGAAAAUUUCAUCAACCUUAUUGAUGUAGUUAGUGCCGCAUUUGAACUAGAUGAUAUCAUUAAACUUGGGCAGGGAAUAAUAUCUAGCAAUGGCUCGAAGCAGCACACAGGCUACCAGAGCGUAGUUGCUUUGGAAGACGACAAAGCUAUUGAUACAAUGAUACUGAGAAUAAGUGAUAUAAAUGAAGAUAUUCUUUUGAAGAGAGUUAAUCUACCACCAGUGGCACCCAAUAGUAUUGGGCAGAUUGCUGACUGCUGGACUCAAUAUCCUAUGAUUACUGAUGUUAUUACGCUUAGGUAUGGUGUAAUUAUUGCUUCUACAUUAUUAUUGAGUAGCCAACUAGUUUUUCGACGCUCAGGCCUGAAAUAUGUUAUCAUUCAGAGAUUUAAUGAGAAUGAACUUGCUACCAUUGAUCUAGUAGAGAUGGGUCAUACCUUACCAGAGUCUAAUUUCCUUACUGAUCGUUUAUUUAAUGAGCGAGAGUUGAUUUAUUUAUUGGAUUCAUUUUGUGGAUUUUUGAAAUACAGAUGCGAGAAAGUAUCCUGGGGAAAUUCAUUGUUAGAAUAUUAUGCUAUUCUCAAUGAGAUUAAAGAAUAUGGUAUUGGUUUCAUAAAUACUGGGGCCACUGUCAACGAUGAGGAGGAGUGGUGA